AUGGGCCGAAUCCUUGCGAAAGUGUGCAUUCUGUGGAAUGCCCUGCUCUUCAGCCUUGCAGGCUUCUUGUUAUGGCUAUUUUUGUUACUAAUAUCGCACCCUAGAACGUGCCUCUGCUGUGCAAAUCUGAUGCACACUGUACUGCAGUGUUUUAUGACCUCCGGCACACAUCUUAUUCUCAAGUUUCAAAACGUCUAUAAUCUUUCGGUUCUUCAGCCAAAAAAUGACAGUGGGGAGCCAAGUUACCUAGAACGCACCCAGGGCCCGGGAGAUAUAUACUGCAGUGGCGUGCAACGAGUCAUCAUUACUGCUAUUUGCGCAACUGAUCUCACUCUUGGUCUACAACGGAUCCCUGCUGGCUUUUAUGCGGUGGUCAAGGCUGACGGUACCGAAUACCAGACAAGGAAUAAAGCUGUACACGUCGUCAAAUGGCAUGAGCUUAUUUUUCUCGGUGAUGUGUGUCGUGCUGUCGAGUUGUUGGAACGAGGCAGGACUAUCAUUUGGACACGGAUGACGUGGAUCCGCACCCUCUUGAGAGCCCCCGGGCACGCGGCAAUCGUGCAGCGGCCCUGA